AUGAAAGCACCUUUCAGAACGAUCCUACGCCGUUUCGAUGGUGGUUCGGAAACAUUGUGCCUCUUUUCUCAAAGCUGUUUUAGUAAAAUGAAGUGUACAGUAAGGAUGAAAUAUUAACACGUGUUAAUACACCAAAAAAAGCGUUGCAAAUUGUUUUGAGAGAUAAAAGCAUGCGGAUUUUUGUAGUUUUAUUGGGAUUACUUUUCUACGCAGCAGCUGCUGAUUGGCAUUUUUUCAAUUGUGUGAACACGGAAAGGAGAUGUCCCAACGAGAAUGUCACGUUUUGGCUUUAUACAAGAGAAACACAGAAGAACCCAACGCAACUGAACAUGUUUGAGCCAAACACAAUUAAGGGAGCUCCGUUUGCCUUCGGCCGCCCUCUGAUUGUCCUCAUCCACGGUUACACUGGACACCGGGAUUAUGCUCCCAACCCUACAAUUCGGCCUGCGUACUUAGCGUACGACGAGUUCAAUGUCAUUUCACUGGAUUACAAUCCCCUCGCGCAGGAGCCUUGCUAUCAUCAUGCUGUGCGAAAUCUUCCAACAGUGGCGAAUUGCACAGCCCAUCUGUUGGAUUAUAUGAUCUCCCAAGAAAUGUUUACACUGAGUGACAUCCAUGUGGUGGGAUUCAGUUUAGGAGCUCAAACUUCCGGAAUGAUCUCUAACUAUCUUAGGUCUGGAAAGUUGAAGCGGAUAACCGGACUGGAUCCGGCCAAACCACUGUUCAUGACCGCACCAAAGGCGUACAAACUGGACCAUUCCGACGCGGAGUUCGUUCAAGUGAUCCACACGGAUGUGUUCGCGAGGGGUAUCUUACAUCCCUGCGGUCAUACGGAUUUCUACGUGAAUGGCGGAGCGGACCAGCCAGGCUGUAGUACACAAACGGUAGUGAGCCCAGGGGAGUGCAACCAUAACAGGGCACCGGAGUAUUACGCAGAGUCGAUAGCCUCAGAGGUUGGAUUUUAUGGGUACAGAUGCGCCCACUGGUAUCUGUAUAUGCUAGGUUUCUGCACUGACCAGCACGUGACUGCAUUAAUGGGAGCGCAUACGCCAAACACGACGCGUGGUCUGUAUUUUACGGACGCCAACUCAAUAGCACCGUACGCACAAGGCCGGAAAGCUAGAGCCUCCGAACAAUUCCCAUUUCCUCUGUAAAAACACAAAGAAAAAUAAAUCGGUAAACAUUGCUUCCAAUAUAUGUCACCUUCCAUGUUUCGCUCGAUUUCUCUUCCAUGAAGAAAAUAACCACAUCAAACUUGAAGGAAGCAAAGUAGCAUUGAACAAAGGCUAGAAAUGAGCGGUUUAUGGUUUUCGUAUAUUCUCGAUCAACGCAAAAUAGGUUUACGCCAGUUUGAAUGAUAUCCUGCGCAGGUCUAUCUGAGUGAACAGUAAAUAAAGCUCAAGGUGAAUCACUUUUGUUCUAGGGCGAAUUCACAAGUUCCAAGCUUUUUUUUAAUGUUGUUAGUUGACAAGUUGAAAACCAGCAGAAAACGCCGUGGGUUAUAAAAUAAUUUGAAUUCCUAAGGCGCACUUAGAACCGCUAAAGCUAAAGGUAUUUCAUGUGAACAUAUAGUAAAUUGUCUAUGUUUCAAAGUGAAGGGUAAUAAAGAAUAAUAUUUAUGUUUUUUUUUUAUUAAAUGGUUGUACAAGGAAUCAUAAAAAACACAUGCUAAAUGUUUUAUUUUAAACGAAAAUAAAAAAAAAACAAAGCUACCAGUUUGUUUGUACUUUUCCUACGAUCUACACUUCGUAAGUUAGGAAACACAGGUAAUGGUAGAAGGCACUUAAAAAACUAAUACACGAAAAAUGGUGCCAUUUAUUUAUUGUAUGAGUAAAAUUUUUAAAAAUUUCAAUGAUAUUAUUUUUAGAGUGCAUAUAAUCACUGUAGGCAUUUGUUGUCACGACAAGUUCAUUUGUUUACAUCAGAGUUACCUAAACUAUUUUUGGCAAGAGACCCCUUUUCCAGAACAAAGUGAUACCCCCUAUAGCCGAAAUGUUUUUAAAAAUGUUAUCUUCAUCUUAUUCAUACAAAAUACUUACCAAUUAUUUAUUACCAAUCUCAGCAAUAAUUAGGCAUCAAAUUCAGUAAAUAUCAAGUGUAUAAUUAUUGAUAAUAAAUACAAAUAUUAGUACAAUAAGUAAAAAUAAAAAUUUUCGUUUAUGUCGAUCCCUGGGGAACCAAUAUUGACCCCAAGGGGUCGUUAUCGACCACUUUGAGAACCUGGUUUACAUCAUGGAGUCACUGAAACAAGGUGUCGCGUAUCAAUCCAUCAACUGAUUAGAAAGUGUUGGCUCAAACGGAAUCCGAAGUUGUAAUCGAGAGACGCGACAAAAAUGGCAGAAGUUUCGCAAUCGUGUGUCUAGAAAGCUAAAGACAGGAUUGAGAAGU